AGUCAGCUAGCUCCAUGCUCCAUAUGCAUGGAGAGAGCUGGUUGCCAGCCUCGCAAUUUCUCACCACCACAUUUGCGACAUCUAUGCGCCAACACCACCGUCACUUCCAAUACUCUGUAUCAUCACCAUACGAUUGUGCCGGAGGGCUGGAGAAAACCGUACGAUGCGCCGCUAAGCUGUCAAGACCGCCCCAAUGUCAUUUUCAUACGAGCGCAGAGGCCGAAGCUCCGCGGCAACGCGUCGAGGCACGUAUUCAUACUGGAUUCCUUUGGCCGUGACAGUUACAGUCGCAACAGUUGGAAUCGUGGCCUGGAUAUGGAGUGAGAGGAACGAUGAUGAUGAAGACGAGGAACCCAGACCGGAGAUUGGACCUGAUCCAUACCAGGAGAACUAUGGCAGGAACAUAGAGAGAAGCUUUCCCACAGGUCCCCCCUCAUACCGAGAUGGCGUGCGCUCAGGAGAGGUGGGGUUUGGCACAAUUGAGCAGCGACCAGACGAGUCGCAAAGUUAUAUGGCGCGCAUGUCUGGAGCUUUGAGAAGGACCCCUAGUCCACAACAGGUCUUCGAUGGCGUGAGUAGGACGGUGGUUGGAGGAGUAGCUGCUGCGGGAGCUGUUGUGGGAAGUGCUCUAUCUUCAAUCAGAGAAGAGGAUAAAUCCGCGUAUCGAGAUCAUCAGACAUGGUCAGAAGAAGCUUUGUUGAGACGUGCUGGUGUUGAUCCGGCACCAGCACCAGGUCCAAUCGAUAUGCGUUCUACAGAAAAACUCCCUGAAGCAACACCACGAUCCUCCCCAAGUACCAAGAGAAGGACAGUUGCCGUUGUUGUGUCUGCCGAAGAUGCCAUGGCGGACAUGGAGGAUGAUGAUGGAUAUCAUCAACAUGCAGUAGGCGCAACUCUACACAUUCUAUUGACACCGUCACUAAAAACUUUUUAGUCUAUUCUUUCUCAUUUACCUUCGAACACGGAUAUUUCUGCCAUAAGACUAUUUGUCCUUAUUUACGCGCCUGGUUUAAAGGAGCAUCCGUUGGAUGCUGCUCAAAAGGCUCAAGGGUCUCUCAGUUCUUCAUUUUCAAACAUCGAACACGAACAAACGCAAUCACCAACUACAGAAGCAGAGAAAUUACCGUAAGUAAUAUCUAUAGAAUUUCCUUGACCAUUUCUCACACUUUUAGGUCUACUCAAUCUGGAUCCGCACACUUCAACGCGGUUUACACGCAAGCCCUCGGCUUAGUUGAGAAGGAAACAAUGGUCCUUCCAUUUACUACUCCUACCGGGCAUGUGCAUAUUCUACGACACCUAGGACCGGAGAUUGUAUAUUUGCAAGAAUCCCUUGCUGGGAAAGAUGGCGAAAUUAUCACCCAUCUUCAAAGUUGGUUACGUCAAGAUGUUAUUCUUGUCGUGGGUGCUGAGGGUGGGCACGGCGGUUUAGCUGACAGUGAGUCCGAAGCCGAGCAAGCGCCAAAGAAAGAGCACUGGUGGGAAAAGGAAGAGAGAGUUGGACGGGGAAGAGGUGUUGUGGUUGUUGAGGGUGUAAGAGUUGGCGAUGAUUGGGCUAGGAGGAUUCAAAAUCGGGAAUAA